ACAAACGCGCAGUUAAAAACAAUAUGGCGUCGUCCUUACAUCGCCUCACAUUUGUGGGUAGAAAUCUUUUCCAAAGACGUCGUUUGUUGAAGACUAAUUAUGUCAGUGGGCGACUGUUGUCCAGCCAGGCUGCCCACCAAGUGUCGCUAAAUGUCCCAGAAACCAAGGUGACCAGUUUAGAMAACGGACUCCGAGUGGCCUCAGAGGAUUCUGGACUCACAACCUGCACAGUGGGAUUGUGGAUAGAUGCUGGCAGUCGAUACGAAAAUGAGAGAAAUAAUGGAACGGCACACUUUCUGGAGCAUAUGGCGUUUAAGGGCACCAGAAAACGGUCUCAGCUGGACCUAGAGUUAGAGAUAGAAAACAUGGGUGCUCAUCUUAAUGCCUACACGUCUCGGGAGCAGACGGUCUACUAUGCCAAAGCUUUCUCAAAGGAUCUUCCACGAGCUGUUGAAAUUCUGGCUGACAUCAUCCAGAACAGCACGCUCGGCGAGGCGGAGAUUGAGCGUGAGCGAGGGGUGAUCCUCAGAGAGAUGCAAGAAGUGGAGACCAAUCUGCAGGAAGUGGUCUUUGAUUACCUGCAUGCCACAGCGUACCAGUCCACAGCGCUGGGCAGGACCAUCCUGGGCCCCACUGAGAACAUAAAGACAAUCAACAGAGGAGACCUGGUGGAGUACAUCACCACUCACUACAAAGGACCCAGGAUAGUUCUGGCUGCUGCUGGAGGAGUUUGUCAUGAUGAACUCAUCAGUCUGGCCAAGUAUCACUUUGGAAAACUUCCUAGCAGAAAUGAAGGUGGAGCCCCAGUUCUUCCUCCCUGUCACUUCACAGGAAGUGAGAUCCGUGUACGAGACGACAAAAUGCCCCUCGCUCAUAUUGCUCUUGCUGUGGAAGCGGUUGGGUGGUCUCACCCUGACACCAUCCCCCUGAUGGUGGCCAACACACUCAUAGGAAACUGGGACCGCUCGUUUGGUGGAGGCGUGAAUCUGUCCAGCAAACUGGCUCAGAUGGCCUGUCAGGGAAACCUGUGUCACAGCUUCCAGUCUUUCAACACCUGCUACACAGACACGGGCCUGUGGGGGCUCUACAUGGUGUGUGAGCCCGGCACCAUCAGUGACAUGAUGCACUUCACACAGAGGGAAUGGAUGUCUCUCUGUACCAGCGUGACAGAAAGUGAGGUGGAUCGGGCCAAGAAUCUCCUUAAAACAAACAUGCUGUUGCAUCUUGAUGGAUCCACCCCAAUCUGUGAGGACAUUGGCAGGCAGAUGCUGUGCUACAAUCGAAGGAUCCCUCUGCAUGAACUGGAGGCUCGGAUUGAGGCUAUUGACUCCAACACCAUUAAGGAGGUGUGCACCAAGUACAUCUACAACAGGGCUCCAGCCAUUGCAGCAGUCGGUCCAAUUGAACAGCUGCCUGACUACAACCAGAUCCGGAGUGGGAUGUUCUGGAUGAGACAUUAGGAACCAUCAAAUAUACAUCAUGAAACCAGAAAUGAUAAUUAUGUCUUGUGUUUUAGUUAUUUCUUUUUUUAUUAGAAAAUAAAGAAUAACAAUAAUGUUAAAAUGA